AUGGAUGAUACCGAACAGACGACAAAUAAACUGACUGAUGCUAUAGAUUUUUAUAAUUCGAUGCUUACUGAGGAAGGAAAGCCCCUGUUGGUGAACUUACUGGAAACGCGACUGGUGUUUCCUCCAAACUAUUUUGUAUCAAAAAUUUCAAAAGAGACAGAGUUCCAUAGGGUGGCUCAGGCACUAAGUAUCAGUUUGUCCACUAUUACCAGAAUACAGCGCCGUUUAUCAUCUAAUGAUAAUGUCCUAAGAUCACCUGGAAAGAAGAGACCCAGAAAAAAGUCUAAGACAACAGAUUUUAUCUGA